AUGGCUGACUAUGAAAACGUUUGCCGAGGAUCACUGAAACUGAAAGGUGUUUCUGACCAUAAAAUAAAGAAAAAGAAGAAAAAAAAGGAGAAAGAAAAAGAAUUGUCGAAAAUGUACGAGAACAUAGCAUCUAACGCAAGUACAUCCAGUGAUGAAGGCACGAGUUCAGCGUUUGUUGAUAAACGCACAAAGGCUGAAUUGGCUUUUGAAAAAGCAAAGGAGAAAAAGAUGGCUCAACAGAUCCUUGACAAAGCAACAAAAACUCACAAAGAAAGAAUUAUGGAAUUUAACCAACAUCUAGACAAUCUCACUGAACAUUUUGAUAUUCCAAAAGUAAGCUGGACUAAAUAAUGGAAUGACAUUCUUACAGAUGUUUGUGGGAACUAGAAAUGUACCUGCACAAUACAGGAGCAUAGUGAGUGCGGGAAAAACUGACACCAGAAAUCUGUUUAUAUAUCUUUCAAAAUGGAUUAACGCUAAAUUCUCAGCCUGUGAAGAAAAUGUUUCGUGUUGCAACUAGUAUGUUGAAUAUUGAAUGGAAGCAUUUUUGCAGUUAGUGUAGUGUAUAAUUGUUUCAUUUUGUUUUUAUUUCAACAGUAACUGUUAAUAUUAUUUCAAUGCAGAUUUUUAUUUGGAUUCCAUUACUCAUUGGGGUUCAAGGCAGUUAGACUAUGCUUCAAGGAAGAUGGGAAUAUUUUAUUUAUAUUUUUGUGAGAAUAGGACCUAAUGAUACCUUGUAAAUUAACUAUCAAUAAUAGUUGUAAUGUUGUAAGAUUAUGAUUUGAUUUUAUAUGUAACAUUAAAAGAAAUAUUUUUUUUUUAUAGAAAUACAUCCAAGAUUUACUGUCUUCACUCAUUUCCAGUUUAGAUUUUACAAGACUAUCCUUGAAUAAAAGUUACAUGUGCAUGUACCUAGGACUGAGAGGAAAACUGUCACACUGGACAUAAAUGAUCUUAAUUAGAAUUGAUUAUCAUACCAUGUAUGAAUAUAACUCACAAGUCAUGUACUGUUUUCAUUAUUUUAUCAUGUUGCUGCUGGUACUGUUUGUCUGUGUAGAAAAUAAAUUAUUUAAUAUCA